AUGGCGCCUGUGGUGGCAAGCCGUCAGCCUCAUCUCCCUCGUCUGCUCAGCAUUUUGUUUGCAGUUACCCUACUGCUAUGUGUAUUUUGCCAAGAUGUCUCCACUUUGAUUGUUUAUAAUCGCCAGGCUCUUUAUAACAUUAAGGCUCUUAGUGAGUCGCUGUCAUUGUCCAGACAGGGAAAGCAUCACAGUCUCCCACCUGUGUUUGCUGAAGUACCUGUGCACCUCCUGCACUUUCCAUGCGCUCUUCCUCGGAAAAAGCGAUUCAGGAGACGCGGAAAACGAGGUGGUGUGAUCGUGAAAUUUAAGGCUUACCUGGCGACUUCUGUUGGAAGGUCUGAUGCUCGUCUCAUCCAUGACGGUCGCUACUUCCCCGCGGUGAAGCGCGCACUGCACAUGAGGGGCUGUUGGAUCCGUCCUGUCCUCCCUGAGCUUCUGACCACUCCGAUUGCCGGCUUUUCGACGCUGCCCAACCUGUGCCCGGUCCCGCUGAUGUUUCCUGCUACUCCCUCUGACCUGGCAGUGGAGGUUCCACGUUGGUGCUGUCAGCUCCGGGCCCGCAGGGACGGCGUUACACCCGAUCUCCUUAGGCCGCUGAAACGCGCUGCUUCACCGGCUACUGAGGAGCUCGAACUUCGCAUGGCUUUGCUAAAUACCAGGUCACUGGUAAACAAAACGUUUCUACUGAAUGACUUCUUCACCUCACGGGAUUUGGACUUUAUGCUCCUGACAGAGACUUGGCUUCGGGAUGAAAAUUUUAAGGCCAAGUACCUGCAGCUUCUCAAGCUCGGAGAAGGCGGCUACAGAACGGUUUAUGCUGGAGAAAGAAAAACUGACAACUUACCAGUGGCGAUCAAACACAUCCCUAAAGCUGCUGUGCAGACUCGACCAAUGGUUUUAAAUGGAAAGACGCACAUGGUGCCAUUGGAGGUGCUUCUCAUGCUGAGAGUGGCAUGUGGAGCGGGGUCACUGGGGAAACAUGCUGCCGUGUCAUUAUUAGACUGGUAUGAUCUGGGCCCAGAGGUCCUGCUUGUCAUGGAGAGACCAGUCCCCUGUGAGGACCUGCUGACCUACUUCAAUAACAACAAUGGGUUCCUGAGAGAAGACCAGGCAAAGAACAUCAUGAAGCAGCUGGUGGAAGCAGCAGUUAACAUGCACUCUCUUGGAGUCUUCCAUCGGGACAUUAAAGCAGAAAAUGUCCUCGUUGAUUUAAGCUCGGAUGUCCCUCGUGUGAGAAUCAUAGACUUUGGAUGUGCCUGCUUGGUGACGAAGAUACACGGCUCCUUCUCUGGAACCGAUGCCUACAUCCCUCCAGAGGUUUACCGGCUUGGCACAUACGAGGCGGGCCCCAGCACAGUCUGGCAGCUGGGCGCUCUGCUCUAUCAACUGGUGGACAGCUGCAAUAAUUUCACCACAAGAAAAUUCCUUCGCAAGAAAAUUACCAUAAACACUGAGCUGUCCAAAGAUAAGAAGCCUCAAUACGGUCCUGAGUUGUGGUACUUGUAGUGUGAAAAGUUAUUUCCUUCCUUCCAUUUUCCAAAGAACUGCAGCUUAAACUCUGCUUUCUUCUCAGACUACCAGGACUUGUUGGAGGUGUGUUUGGCUGUGAACCCUCAGGAGCGCGGCACUCUGGAGCAGAUUCUGCUUCACCCCUGGUUCUCCUAAUCCUGCACAACCGACCACCCAUUGGGCUGAGCCAACUGACUCCAAUGAACCCCAUCCUUUGGUCUUAUAGUCUAGACGGAAUUGUCCAAAAAGUGAAAGU